AUGGUUGAUAGAUCUUUCAAUGUUGAGAGUGAUCCUUUUAGACCCUGUGAAGAUAGCGAAAAUAUAUUAGGUCCUGAAGUACCUUAUAUGAGUGCUAUCAGUGGGCUUUUAUACUUAGCAAACUGUACCAGGCCUGAUAUUGCUUUUGCAACUAACCUCUUAGCAAGAUAUAGCUCUUCUCCUACUCACAGGCAUUGGAACGGAAUAAAGCAUUUAUUCCGUUAUUUACAAGGUACAGUUGAUUUAGGGUUAAUGUAUUUUAGAAAACCCGAGUUUGGUAUGGUUGGUUUUGCAGAUGCAGGAUACUUAUCAGAUCCUCAUAAGGCUCGAUCCCAAACCGGCUAUGUUUUUACAAUUGGUGGAACUGCGAUCUCUUGGCGGUCCCAGAAACAAACUCUGGUUGCAACUUCUUCAAACCAUGCAGAGACUAUUGCGCUUCACGAAGCAUGUCGAGGAUGUGUGUGGUUGAGGUCAAUGAGUCACCAUAUACAAGAUUCAAGCGGAAUAGUUAACAAGAAAGAGCCGACGAAAGUUUUUGAAGAUAACUCGGCUUGCGUCGCUCAACUCAAAGAAGGCUAUAUUAAGAGCGAUAGAACAAAGCACAUCCCUCCAAGAUUUUUCUCGUACAUUCGGGAGCUCGAGAAAAAUAAAGAAGUUGACAUCGAAUAUGUACGGUCAUGCGACAAUCCGGCUGACUUGUUCACCAAAGCUCUCCCGACUACAAUGUUCCGCAAACACGUCAAUGGUAUCGGGAUGCGGCGUUUGCGUGACCUAUGA